UUGCUGAAUCCUGCGUUGCUAGAGGCACCAAGAAGAAGAAAACCAGUCAAGUUAUCGUAUGAAGAGCAGGAGAGAAGAACUUUGUUGUUAAAAGAGUGGUCAAGGUACAAAAUGAAGCAACAUAAGGAAGAACUGCAGCGUAUUCAAGAGCUGCAACGCUGUCGCGAAGAAGCUUUGAAAGAACUGAAGAAAACCUCGUUGUUUCUUUAUCACGAGGCGAUCAAAGUCAACCACGAUUUCUUUCCAAUUCAGUUUAAAGGGCCAACAGAGACGCCACCAAUUCCUGCGUACAUGGCACCCGAUAUGGAAGAAAAUAAA